UCCCUUGUUCCAUAUUUUUCAAAUUUUGCCGGUUGUUUUUAUAUUUUUCAGAAAUCAUCAACCUCCAAAGCAACUAUUUAUCUCAAGAAUAAAGACCCACCGGAGAUUCUCUUCUCCACCAUCAAGAUUCCCUCACCACCCUUUUUUUUUUUUCCAUUAGCUUCAAAAUUUCCACUCAAUUCACAAAAUUCCUCAAAAAAGAUUAUAAAUUUAUCCACUUUUCCCUUUAAAGUUUCAAACUUUCAAUCCAUCCAAGAGUUUCAAUCCAAUCCCACUUCAAAUUCUUGAAAUUUUUAGUGUUUUUUCAAGAACCACUACUUUGACUUUCGGUCAACUCUUCACAUCUUCAAUCUAUAUAAUCCCAAAAUCUUUUUUUUAUUUAUUUUUCAUCUGGGGUUUCAUUAAUUAUCAUCCUGAUCUUAUUAUGGAUACGAAGGAAUCAAAUUCUUGUGGUUUUGGUUCAUCUCCUAGAAAGUCAACGGAAUUGGGUUCAAAGUCAACGGAAUUGGGCUCAAAGUCAACGGAAUUGGGUGGUGAUGUGGAUGAUGAUCUGUUUUUAAGGGCAGAUAAGAUUGAUUUUAAGAACUGGGAUGUGCAAUUGGAUAAACAUUUAGCAAAGAUUUGGUCAAAGGAGAGAGAAAUUCAGGAAGAAUGGGAGAUUGAUUUGACUAAACUGGAUAUAAAGAAUGUUGUUGCUCAUGGUACUUUUGGUACUGUUUACAAAGGUGUUUAUGAUGGUCAAGAUGUUGCAGUUAAGGUAUUAGAUUGGGGCGACGAUGGUUGUGUUACUGCUGCCGAGGCUUUUGCUCUUCGAGCAUCAUUUGAACAAGAAGUUGCUGUUUGGCAUGGACUUGAUCAUCCAAAUAUCACCAAGUUCAUUGGAGCUUCAGUUGGGACAUCGGAUCUCAAAAUUCCAUCAAACAAUGAUCCAAACGCGGGCCAAAAUCAUGUACCACAAAGAGCUUGUUGUGUUGUAGUCGAAUAUCUUCAAGGGGGGACGCUCAAGAAAUUCUUGAUCAAAAACUCGAGAAAGAAAUUAUCUUUCAAGAUUGUCGUUCAACUCGCUCUUGAUCUCUCUAGAGGAUUAAGCUAUCUUCACUCCAAAAAGAUUGUUCAUAGAGAUGUAAAAACCGAAAAUAUGUUGUUAGAUGCAAGUGGAACUCUUAAGAUCGCUGAUUUUGGAGUUGCUCGCGUUGAAGCGCGAAAUCCUAAGGACAUGACCGGUGAAACAGGAACUCUUGGUUACAUGGCACCAGAGGUUCUUGAAGGAAAACCGUAUAAUAGGAAAUGUGACGUUUAUAGUUUCGCCAUAUGUUUAUGGGAAAUAUAUUGUUGUGACAUGCCUUAUGCCGAUCUUAGCUUUGCUGAAGUAUCUUCUGCAGUUGUUCAUCAGAAUUUACGGCCAAACAUUCCAAAGUGUUGUCCGAGCUCUUUCGAGAACAUUUUGAAGAAAUGCUGGGACGGGAAUCCUGAUAAGAGGCCGGAAAUGGAGGAGGUUGUGAAGUUGUUGGAAGCGAUAGACACUAGCAAAGGUGGCGGAAUGGUGCCCGAGGAUGAAGUCACUGGUUGUUUCUGCAUCCGCAGACACCGUCGUGGCCCUUGAUCUUCUUAUUACCGCCACCCUCGUCUAUAGGGAAUUGCGACAUGUGUUAUGAAUAAAAUGAUUUAAGAGGUUUAUUACGUUGUAAAUAAUUCUUUUGUAAGUUUUAUAUCAGUUGACCCCUACUUUUAGGUGUAAAAUGUUAUGCACGAGCCAGGAUUUUUAUCAGAGUGAA